AUGUUAAUGAUAAUUUUAAAUAUUCUUGUAUUAUUUUUUGUUAAUAUUGAUUCAGUGCCCCCGGAUUACUGCCUUCAACCAAUCAACCUGAGCGACUGCGGCGUCCCCCCAAAACCUGUCUACUACUACUACAAGCCAGGCUCCCGCUGCGAGAUCGCCUUCUGGCGAGGUUGCUCCUCGUACAACAAGUUCGACACCGAAUACAAUUGCUCAGACACCUGCAUUGCUAGAUUAGGGGCAUAUAGCGAUUCGGAAGAGAAUGCUGUAAAUACUAGCUAUACUUGGACAAAAGAAGUUGUUACUACUGAAAAAGCUGGAAUAUUUCAGCAAUGGAUAGAUAAUUUGAACGCACUAACAGACGAAGAAGCAAUGAUAAUAAAAAUCAUACUAGACUCAUUAGAUGAUAAUGCUAUUAGUGAUUUACCUAUAAUAAAACUUAAACAAAUUUCAACUACUGCGGGGAAUAUAGAAAAAACUACUAUUACUUCGCCGAUGUUAAUGAUUACUGAAACGAUUCCUAUUGAACCUACUGAGCAUACUACAGAACCAUUAUCUACUACAACCAGUACAACAGAAACAACCACGUCUACUACAGAAUUAGUGAUGGAAACUACAACAAAAGUUAUAGAAACGACAACAGAAGCUGUAGAAACUACAACAGAAGCCGUAGAAAUAACAACAGAAGCUGUAGAAACUACAACAGAAGCCAUAGAAACAACAACACAAGCUGCAAAAACAACAAAAGAAACUACUACCACCACUGAGACUGAAAUAGGAGAUGCUCAAGAAGUUAUUACAACAUAG